GAGAGCCAGAGCAGCGGGAAAAGCAAAGCACUCCUGAUCCCUGCCCUCCCCGGAGAGUGAGUAUAACCUUCCUGCGUCCAUACACAGGGUGUCUGUCACAUAUAGCUCUCCAUUAUAUUUAUAUAUAACCAUAACCACCACAUGGGCGCUGCAGUGGUUAUGGUGCUUGGAAUGAGCUUUGAAUUUAACAUUUAAAGGGACACUAUAGGCACCCAGCCAUAUUCAGCCCAUUGAAGUGGUCUGGGUGCAGUGUUCCAGGUCCUUUAACCCUACUAUUGUAAUUAUUGCCGUUUUCGAUAAACUGCAAUAAUUAUCUUUCAGGGUUAACUCCGCCUCCAGUGACUGUCUACUAGACAACCACUAGAGGGACUUCCGGGAUGUUGGGUGACUUUCAGGACGUCCAGCAUCACCCAAAACCCCCAUAGGAAAGCAUUAUACAGAUGUGAGUGCGGCCGUUGGCGCGCAUGCGCCCUUGGUCUCCCCCGCCGGCUGACAUCAGCUAGAGAUGAGCGAAAGCGGAUCCUGAGCCAGCACCGAGGGACAUCGGCACUGGAACAAGCCAAGUGACAGUAGUGGGUAGUUUGUUUGUUUUCCUGGCACUAUAGUUUCCCUUUAACCCCUUAAGGACACGUGACAUGUCAUGAUUCCCUUUUAUUCCAGAGGUUUGGUCCUUAAGGGGUUAAAGGAACGCUCCAGACCCCUAAAGCAUAUCAACUUGCUGGAGUGCUUUAGGGUGUAUCAGAGUUCCCCUCUUUCUUUAUUAACCUGUCAGCUUCAGGGGAGAGCAGAAAAGAUCACCCACAGGCGGUCCUUCUGCUCCCCACGCGUAGCAAAGGGAAAACAAACCGACCAAUAAAGGUUAAAAAAAAAAAUCAAUUGAAAAGGCUUAUCUCUAAAUAGAUGUAGUUGAAAAUUAGUCAGGGAAAUACUAUCCAUAGAGACUAUGAUGCUUAGAAUGCUCAAUAGUAUAUCUAUGGUUAAAUAAAUUGGAGUAUAAGUCUGUCAGAAUGCAAAGGGAGAUAGAGGAUAUAGAUGUAAAGAUAAGCUGCUUGAAAAUCUUGCAGUAAAAGUCAUUUACAAAGCCUAAUUCUCUAUUGUUCUAACUAGACAGCAGAUGGAGCAAAAAGAAAUGAAAUAUCAUUAAAUAGAAAAAACACACCCCCCCAUGUGCGGCAUACUAGAUGCUGUGACAAGUGUUAAGUGCCCAUAGAAAAGAAAAAGAAAAAAUAGAACGCCUGACGCACGUUUCGGUGCUGUUAGGGAAGCACCUUUGUCAGAGGCAAACGAACUAUUCAUGAGAGUAUACUUAUAUACCUUAGUAAUUCUUUAACAGCAUAAUUGUCCCUCCAAUGGUGUCCGUGCUCUCGCGGGUGGGGGGGUGUAUCUAAAGGGAAUUGUUUUUUCUAACCAUUCACUCUGAGUAUUUGCGCCCAAAUAAAGUAGGCGUGGCUCAGAUCCUCACGUAGUACGCACUGAACAGCUUCAGGGCAAGUGUCAAUCAAACCACGUUAGUCUACCCCACGUGGUGUACUGAGCACUUUAUGACGUAAGGGAUUGGUCCGAAAGUAAAGAGGAAAAAGUAACAAUGUUUUGACAGAUUGAGACACACACACACACUGCAUUAUAUACACACACUAUACAAACACAUACACUACACAAACACACUGUGUAUAUAAUGCAGUGUGUGUGUUUGUAUAGUGUGUGUAUAUAAUGCAGUGUGUGUGUUUGUAUAGUGUGUAUAUAAUGCAUAGUGUGUGUAUGUAUAUAAUGCACACAAACACACUGCAUUAUAUACACACACUAUACAAACACACUGUGUAUAUAAUGCAGUGUGUUUGUGUAGUGUGUUUAUAUAAUGCAGUGUGUGUGUUUGUGUAGUGUGUUUAUAUAAUGUAGUGUGUUUGCAUAGUGUGUAUAUAAUGCAGUGUGUGUUUGUGUGGUGUGUUUAUAUAAUGCACACUACACAAACACACUGCAUUAUAUAAACACACUACAUUCACUAUACACAAAUACACACACUUUGCAUUUAGUAUAUACAGCAUUCACUUUACGCACACUACCCACACACUACACAAACACUCUGCUUUCAUUAUAUACACACUACACUAAUAUCCACUACACACACUAGAGAAAUACACACUGCAUCCACUACACAAACACACGUUACACAAACACACACUGCAUCCACAACACACACGUUACACAAACACACAAUGCAUCCACAACACACACACACUACACAAACACACAAUGCAUCCACUACACACAUUACACAUUACACACACACACACAGCUCCCCUGUCUAAACACACUGCAUCCACUACACGUGGCAUGUAUAUUUUGUGCAUUUGCCUUUAGAAAUAGUUUUUAUUUUCCAAAAUGGUAAAUGUACAGAAUAUCGGCAAAUUAUUUUGGCUAUCGGUCUGAACGUUCACAGAAUAUCGGUAUCGGCUCUAAAAAAUCAAUAUCGGUCGAUCCCUAAUAUUCACCAGGCAUAUACGUGGGAAAUGCCACAGUUAUACUUAACACACAUUUUGUAUCUGUUUACUUUACAGGUUUUUCUUUAAUCUGAAAACAUGAAUAGUGGUGAACGCUUUGUGCAGACAUUGCGUAAAGCUGGUUACCCCAAAGCCCCUCAACUUGAUGGAGAAGAUUUUGAUUGGCUAUUUGAAACCACCAAUGCCAAACCAUUUUUAGACUGGUUCUGUGCAAGUAUAACCGAGCAGAAUGUUGUACCUGAUGAGAAACUACAAGCGUUUAAAGAGUUAAAGGAGUCAGGCAAAGCCAUUUUAGAUGAGAAAGGUGUGAGUGAGGUUUUGAAGACCUGUAAUCCAACCAACACAAAAAUCGCUACCAUGGAAGACGUUGCAAUAGAGAAGCUAGAGGAAGAAGUUGAGUCUUUGCAGAAACUCAAAAAUGUACGCAUCCAUCGACGCAAUAAGUUGCAAAUGGUUGCUUCUGGAAAUAGUCAACUAUCAAUGAAGUUACAAAAUUUAGAGGAGGAGGAUGCUAAAAAGUUGAAGGAAAUACUGAGGGCUUUAGAGGGCACAAACAAUAGGUUGAAUAAUGAACUCAGUUCUAUUGUACAAGGUGUCCGUGAGUUAAUGUCCUUCUUUACCAUUCCCGAAGAAGGCUGUGAGAUGUCUUCACCGACAUUUCUAUUCCAAAUUCUCCUAGAUAAGUAUCUGUCUAGUGAAGAACAGCACACGGCUGCAAUAACAUCAUUUAUUAAAGAACAUUUUGAUGAAGGCUUCUCGAUGUGUAUGCAAGACUCAGAUGGGAACGUUCAGCACCUUCCUCAGGGUUCUGAAAAGACUUCUGAGCACACUUUUGAUGAGAAAAACAUGGAGACAUUGAAGCUUCAGUUGGCCUAUACUGGAACAAAACACAAACUAAUUCAAUCAAAGGCUAAAGGGGCAAGUUUUAAGGCUGGCCUGAAGUGGGCUGAGGGUCAUGCUUCUUCUUUUCAGAACAAGGUAAUGCAAGUGCUUUAAUACAGUAUCUUAGUAUGAUUUAUAAUAAAAGUGUGGCUUAUUGGAAGGAUGAUUUUGGAAAGCAAAAUUCAUUUCAUAUUACUGCAGUGGAAAGCAUUGAAGUAAUUCAAGGAAUACACCAAACAUUAUAACCACUACAGCUACUGUGGUGGUUAUGGUGCCCUGGCAAUUCCAACUCUAUUGUAAGUGGGCAAACCAUUUUUAAAAGUUUGACUUCUUACCUGGGGAAGGUCCAUCGUUUUACUAACCAUGAUGGAGAGCUUGCAGGGCCUAAUUUAGGGGCGUUAAAAGAUGUUCCUGCUGGGGCGCUGUUGAUGUUAGGAGAGGAGACGCAGUGCAGCACCCAGUGAAUCCAGGUAAGAAGUCAAAUUGUUUAAAAAAAAAAAAAGUUUGAAUUUUUUUAAAUGGGGUAGGGAGUGGCAGCAUGGCACUACUUUGACUCAAUGCAUUUGUAUGGGAAAAGUUCAGUAUCAUCAUGCAGAGCUUGCAGCACUGACCCAGGAAGCACCUCUAGUGGCUGUCUGAGUGAUUGCCACUGGAGGUGUCCAUAAGCAGCAAUGUAAACACUGCCUUUACAUUAAAAUACCUACAAGGACCAGCUAUAGAUACCAAAACCACUACAUUAACUCCUUAAGGACACGGCUUCAGAAGCUGGACAUACCCUUAAGGACUCAAGCAAUUUUUGAAUUUUUUGCUGUUUGUGUUCAAAUGGAAUUUGCAUCUCUCUCAUUUAUUGUACCAACACAUAUUAUAUAUCAUUUUUAGACAACAAAAAGGGCUUUAAUUUGAUGUGAUAUAUAAAUUCUCAUUUAUUACCAAAAAAAUGCAAAAUAAUGCGGGGAAAAAACAAUAAUAAUGUGUGCAUAAUAUGUCCAGCUUAGGAAAAGUAAUUCAAAAUCAAUUCAUUUAUGUGUCUUGAUUUACAAAGUGCAUAAUAUGUGUAGGAUUUCAGUUUAUUUUGAAAUGUACAGGUCACAAACGACAAGGUCUAAAAUAAAAUUUCAAUGUGAAACAAUUUUAGAAGUUGGUAUGUUUGCCUUGGAAGUUUAAUACCCAUUACAGGAAACAAAAUUGCCACACAAAAGUAUAUAUUUAUAUAAAGUAGACAUCACAGGCUAUUUACCUAAGCUUAGUUUGACACUUUUUCGUAGCCAUUUCACCGCCAAUCUUUGCUAAAUAUUGGAGUAAAAUGUUUUUUUUUUUCUAUUUUGGAAUAUACACAUAUUACAAGGUUUUUGUAAUGUGUAUUUUGUAAACCUAGUGUAUGCUAUCCCUGUACAGAACCCCAUAUUGUGUUCAGCUACAUCUGAUGAGUAAAACGAUACCCCCAUUGUAUACCUUUGCUCCUAUUCUGUGAAGCUACAAUGCCAUAUAGGAGACCAUGCUAUUUCAGUUUCUAUAGUUGGCAUUUUCAUAGAUGGUCAUAUGUCUGAUUUUGUGGCAUUAUAGCCAUUUGACUGUUCAAUUAACCCCACAAAGGCCUUCCAUUUGAGAAAGCAGACACUCCAGGGUAUGUUAUUAGGCAUAUAUUAUACCUUAAAGGACCACUCUAGGCACCCAGACCACUUCAGCUUAAUGAAGUGGUCUGGGUGCCUGGUCCAGCUAGGGUUAACCCAUUUUUUAAAAACAUAGCAGUUUCAGAGAAACUGCUAUGUUUAUGAAUGGGUUAAGCCUUCCCCUAUUUCCUCUAGUGGCUGUCUCAUUGACAGCCGCUAGAGGCACUUGCGUGCUUCUCACUGUGAUUUUCACAGUGAGAGCACGCCAGCGUCCAUAGGAAAGCAUUAUGAAUGUUUUCCUAUGUGACCGACUGAAUGCGCGCGCAGCUCUUGCCUCGCGUGUGCAUUCAGCCGACGGGGAGGAGAAGAGGAGGAUCGGAGGAGGAGAGCUCUCCGCCCAGCGCUGGAAAAAGGUAAGUUUUAACCCCUUUCCCCCUUCCAGAACCGGGCGGGAGGGGGUCCCUGCGGGUGGGGGCACCCUCAGGGCACUAUAGUGCCAGGAAAAAGAGUAUGUUUUCCUGGCACUAUAGUGGUCCUUUAACUUGCCACCAUUUUUUUCACCAAUUUAUUUCAAAUUUUGUGGUGAGAAAAAGAAAUUAAAUUUUUUUACAUACAUGUUGCAUUUUGCUGGGUAUUUUUUACAUUUGAUAAGUGCCACUGUCAUAAAUUCCCCCUAAGUAUGCCCAGUUACCUCUUCCGAGUAAAACAAUAAGCCCAAUGUAUGACCCAGACACUAUUUUGUGAAGUUACAGUGCUGUGAAAGAGACGUGACAAGUUCAGGUUUUUAAGUGUGAAUUUACACGGAGAGUUUUAAUGGGUCCGUAUUCUAUUUUUAAAUAUGUUAGCAGGCUGCAGUGGUAAUAAGCAUUUUUUCUGCUUUGACACACACAGUGAGUUUGUACUGUGUAUUUUGCAAACCUUAUGUGUGCUAUGGCUAUAUAAUACGUCCUAUCUUGCUCUACUAUUUCGUCUCAGCACAGCAAUACCCCCAUAUGUACCUUUGCCAGGUAUAUGCGGACAUUGAAGGGGCACAUUUGAGACACAGCCAUUUAAGUUUUUUCAAACUUUACAUUUUUACGCUGUGUCCAUACCCCACUUUGUUUUUUUUUGUAGGUUACUUAUUCCAGCUACCCCAUAAAGGCAUACCAUUUCUUAAAGAAGACACCCUAGGGUAUUUCAAAAGAUGUGUUUUGAACCUUAGCGUGAAAUAAUUUUUCCGCUACCUUAUACCAAGUAUAGUGGUAAUAAGCUUUUUUUUAGCCUUUUUGACAUACUGAAUGAGUUUGUAAUAUAUAUUUUGCAAACAUUAUAUGUGCUACAGCAGUAUAAUACAUCAUAUGUUGCUCCGCUAUGUCAUCUGAGUACAGCAAUAACCCCGUAUGUACCUUUACCAGGUAUGUGACAACGUUGAAGGGACACAUUUGAGACACAGCCAUUUGUUAGAAUUUUUACUCUGGGUCCAUGCUCCACUUUGGAAUUUUUUUAAUAGGUUGUGUUUUCCAAUUACUUCACAAAGGCAUACCAUUUCCUAAAGAAGACACCCCAGGGUGUUUCUAAAUGCAUAUUUGAAACCUUAGCGUGGUAUCAUCUUUUCGCUAGGCUGUACCAAGUGUAGAGGUAAUACGCAUUUCCCCCCUUUUUUAAACAUUUUUGUAAAGUUUUUUUAAUUUUAAAAAGUUUUAUUUAGCUUUUAACAACUUAUUUUACUAUUUUAAAACUUUGUUUAAACUUUUCAGAAGUUUUUUCACUUUUAAUUGUUUUUUUUUUAAACUUUUAACACCAAACUAGCCCAACUGUAAAUCCCCCAAUUUCCACACUAACUUCUACCCACCCUAGCUAAAUAAAUAAAUAUUUUAAAAUAUUUAAAUUAAUUACAUUUAACCCCUGAGGAUUAAAAAAAAAUAAGUUAACCCUCAGAGGUUAAAAAAUCAGAUCACAGUGAAAUACUGUGAUCUGUAUUUUGAUCACUGCAGGCAGUGAUCAAAGGGCAGGGAAGGGGCAAAAAUUUAUUUAUAAGAGGUUGGGGGGGUGGGAUUUUGUAACUUACUGGGUUUUUUUCUUGCAGAGAGAGACAGAUCAGCACUGAUCUGUCUCUCUGCAGUUGACAGCUCACAUGGGGCUGCAGGGAAACAGAUCAGGUUUCACUAACCAGCAGUGUGAUCGCUCGGACUCACUCCCGGUCAGAGCGAUCACAUGGGCUGAAUCAGUGAAACUGCCCAUGGUAGUGUGCCUCCGAUAUGGAGACACACGACAGGAAGAUUAACCCCAAGAUUGCCACGAUUGUCCUAAAGGGGUUAAGCUGUAGUUGUUCUGGUGAUUAUAGUGCCCCUUCAAAUCAUGGCACCCGUGGAGAGAACCUCAUGGAAGUUGACAGUUUUCUUAGACUUGUCCCUGUGCUUUUUAUAAUCGGCAUAAAUCACCUUAGUCCUUAUUUUGUUUUGAGAAUAACAAUCCUUGAUAUGACAAAGGCCUGAAAUCAUUUUUUGUGUAUUUUUUUUAUUAGAACUUGUUUAUUUUCCAGGUUGGAAACCAAGAGAACCUGCAGGCGAGAAUUUCAAGUUUAAACAGCGAAAUAACACAAAUUCAAACCCAGAUUGAUGCUAUUAAACAGGAUCGUAUUCUGGAGUUAGUUAAGCAGAAUGCCCAGCUGUUAAACAUGCCUAUUCUGAAAGGAAACUACGACCUACAGCUUGCCCAUCACCAAAGCUACUCCAAGAAACAGGACGUUGUGGGAAAUCAUUUGCUGAAACAAAAAGCUUCCUUUGAGUUUCUUCAGCUGGGUUAUGAAUUGGAAUUAAAGAAACACCGCAAGGUUUAUCUACAGCUUACAGACAUAACUGAAAAUUUAAAGGAAAGCGCUAAUAAAUUGGAUGAGAGACUUUUGAUGAUGUCGGAUCUCAGUGUAUUAUCCUCCACUAAACCAAGAAGUAACCUCGAUUCCAAAGACACUGCUUCGCACAGGUAUGCAUGCUCCCAAAUCUCUUCCACUGAUUUAGAAAUGUCCAUUUAAAUUUUUUUUAAAAAAAUCACAUGUUCUUUUACAAAAUAAAAUUCCUUAAUGGAUGCUAUGUAGGUUUUACCUUCUGCACUGUUUGACAUGGAGAGCACCCUAGCUGUGAUUCAUAAGAAAGGACUGCUGUUUUAAUACAACUGCAAAAAUGUAACAUCCAACAAAAAUAUUAUUCUACAUAAUCUACCCUGCUCUGACCAGUACUGACCGUACUUGGCAUUGUUUAUGAUGUUGAAGUUAGCUUCUUAUUCAUCUAACAUUUUUAUUCAUUCAAAAUGUAUGUAAAUAUUAUAAACUCUGCAAUAUAAAUAUUACUUGCUUAAUACAGUAUUCAUAUACAAACCAUAUUUCUGCACAUUUCUGAUAUAAUAAUAUAAUAAUGCAAACAAAAGAAUAAAUGUUAUUAGCUACAUAUAAAUUAACUCAUUCAAACUGACUCUUGUUUCUGUAAAGUAGUACAUUGUAUCUUCCAUCUCUAAAAUAAACAAACACAUUUGCCGCUUAAAAGGGACAUCAAGAUGCCACUUUCAAAUCAAUGCCAUUUAAACUAAAUCUAUGUUGGCAUUGAUUUCUAUACACUGGACACCCCUAUAGAAAUUAAUGCCAAGAUGGAUUUAGUUUAAAUUGCAUUGAUUUGAAGGUGGCAUCUUGAUGCCCUAUUUAAGUGGCAAAUGUGUAUUUUUAAAUAGAGGUCGGAAGAUACAAUGUACUACUUUACAGAAACAAGUCAAUUUAAAUGAGCCAACUUAAUUUAUGUGGCUAAUAACAUUUAUUAUUUGUAUUGUUUUCAUUAUUUAUUAUAUCAAAAAUGUGUAGAAAUAUGGUUUGUAUAUGAAUACUGAAUUCAUCAAGUAAUAUUUAUAUUGCACAUACAUUUUGAAUGAAUAAAAAUGUUAGAUGAAUAAGAAGCUAUUUUCUAUCACUGAAUAAGAAGGCUAACUUCAGCCUGUGAAAAAGAGAACUUCAACAUCAUGCAUUGUUCUCUUUGCAUAGCUUAGUAAAAUUUAAACUGUAUUUUUGUGGUUAGUUGAUGUUGAAUUUAUUAUGCUGUCGAGGUGGCAGUUUUUCCAUGACACAUGAAAUCAGAAUCUUUCCUGUAUAUGAGAUUUGCUGUAGAGGCCAGCGUGUAGUCUUUUUGCCGUAUUACAACAUCUACAGCUAUAAUAUAGAGUUUAGACAACAUUAUUUUUACUUGAGUGUUUCCAUGGUAUGUCAGCCUGGAAACAGCAGUCCCAGAGCAAAUGCCAGAAGAAGGAAUCUGUUUCAGAACAUUUUCCAAAGGCAACACUUGAAGAUUCAUGUUAGAACAUUUUCAGAGGCAGACAAGACUCAGGCCAGGAAGGAAUACUUUAACGUCGAACAAGUUUCCAUGUCCCAUUGAUGUUCCUUUUUUCCUAACCAGUCUGACCAAUAUAUAAAUCUGUCUUUAUCCAGUAUCAUAAUUUAACCACAUAUUGUCACACUAUUUUUAAUUUAUUUAUUUUUAUUGAGAAAAAUGUGACUCAAAAGAAUACACACCUGGCUAAAAUUCAGUUAACUGGGAUGUGUAUUGUGAUAUCAGGUGGAUACUGGUCACCUGUCUUUCAGAAUGUAAUCCUUAUAAAAGCCUGUCUAUUUGUGUUGGAAUUUCAGUUGAAUAGAUAAAUAAGAUAUUAUCUGAAUAACUUCUUUGGGGGAAGACAAGAAAUCAAGGUAAAACCUAAAUCUGGGUGCUUUUUCAGCUGCACAAUGGAGAUGAGUACAUGGCACCAAUCUUUUCUCCUGCCAGGUGCCAUUGUAAGGUGCCCUUGUUAUCUAAGAAAUCUUAUAGACCGUAGGUCUUCCACACCCUGUAUCACUUUCAGGAGAAUACUGCUUUUACAAAAGUACAUAAUACGCUGUAAAAAUAGUCGGUAAGGCCCAUAAAAAAAUCAUGACUGUAUGUUAGUGUUUUGAUAAUUAAGUUUUAAAACCGAACACUUGGAACCCUUUGAUGCACUCUUAUUACCCAGAAAUGGGAGGGAAGGGUCAGCGCUGUAAAUGUCUAACUAGAGAAAGUAAGAGACUGGCAGCUAACCCCAAAAAGUAGGGAUCCCUUUUGUCUUACUAAUGGAAAUAAAACAUCGAAAAAAAAGCGAGAGCUCUAGGUAGCGCCACAAUUUGAUAUAUACAGUGUUAUAUACAGUAUAUAUUAUAGAUUAGAUAAAUAUAUAUUUAAAAGUCCAAAUGAUAAACAAGUCCAAGAGAUACUAUAGAGAUGCACUUGUCAGAAGUGUUUUUUUUCCACCAAGUGUUUGUGUAAUUACUUAAUGGGCGUAGCAGGGUGGGUUCAGCAGUGGAGUCCGUAUGAAACAGGAAUAAUAGGGUAGUAUGUUCUUACAGGGGAUAUUAAAAGAAAGAAGGUAUGUUGGCAUAUCAAUAUAUAUCAAAAUUGGGGCGCUACCCCUAGCUCUUUUUUUUUUAUUAACCACAAUUCAAUAUCUGUGUCAAAAUAGUGGCUCUUAUGUAUCCUAGCAUUGGCACGUUGGUUGCAAUCUGAGACAGGCUAGCCAUUAGACACAGCCUCAAAAAUGAUUGUCACCCUUAUUCCCGAUACUAUGCCCUUUUCAGGUAGUUUAAUUGUUCAGAGAAUUGACCGUAUAUGAAUUGUUACAUUGACUGCCGUGGUUAAGUGAUAUUGAGAUUCAUUGCCUUUGUCAUGGUUAGUGCUCAUUGCUGUUUAUUCGCUGCACCUUUCAUGUUUUGUAGAUUAUACCAGCUUCUGGACGGAGAUCAGACACAGAAAUUGUUUAGAACAUACAGUGGAUUAGAGUCUGUGGCUCAGAAAUUAAACCAGGAUGUCACUACCCUGAAAGAUCAGCUGUCUGUUGUUGAGCAGGAACAAGCUCUCUUUCUGUCCAAGCUUGAUGCUAAUUUGAAAUCUUUACAGGAUUUUAUGUAUCCUGAAGGAAAGGAACUCUUGUUGAACACGCCGGUAAGUGAAAAGCAGUACUUGGGAAUAUAACGGUUUGCGUGUCCUGUGAACACAUUCUCUUGUGCCUUAACAAAUUGUUUGUUCGAAAGUAAAUUACAUAGAUGCGUUACCUCACUUCUAUGGAGCCCAAAUAGUGCUGGGCUCGGCAAUCAUGCAAACUGAGCCUCUAACUGAGGCUGAAUGCUAUGAAACUAAGGGAUGUUUGUAUCCCUAUUUUUGGGAGAAAUUUGUGGACAGGUUGUGUCCAUGACUUUUGGAGAAAGGGGUGGAUGAGCACAUACUCACUUUUUGCAGUAAUUUCUAAAGGUGCUAUUUGUGGUACACAUUUCAAAAUCCAGAGGAUUACUUUAAUUUAAAGGAUGCCCUGGGAACACUAACAAGACAAUACAAGGGAAUACUAAGCAGCAUAACCACUAAAACUGUUGUGAUUAUUUUGCUCAGUGUGCCCCUUAAAGUAUUUAAACCUUUGUUUUACAUAUAGGUUUAUCUGUGUUUAAAGGUUUACUCCAAUGUCCAAGAAUUGCCUUAGUCCGCACAUACAAUAUAAUAAAACUUCAGAAGCCUUAUUUGUUAUCCUUAUGUUGGCUAAGAUAUCUACUAAACAAAUACACAUGUAUAUACAAAUGCACAUAAUCACACAUCACGUGCCCAGCAGUGAUGCCGAUGUUGGGAUGACGUCAUAUCCCGGGGGCUGACUCACUGCAGGGCGCAUGAGGGAGCUGUCCGAGAAGAGCACAGAAUUUAAGGGACUGCUAGCGAUCCCAGGCUGCGGGUUGGACACCCCCGAUGUAAAGGAAUGUAUAAAAGAUACAUAUAUAUUAAAAAAAAAAAUUAAUUAAAGGGAAAAAAAGUAAUUGUUUAAAACACAAAACUGGAAUACUUCCUCCAAGACAUGUUUCACCUGUCCACCAGGCUUUUACAAUUGAUACUUUGCUUCUCCUGGGUUUUCUGUUUUUAUAGGGGCUCAAAUUAAAUUUCUCACCAAUCGUGGUGUUCCUUUGGGGGCGGGAAUGUCCAGAAGUGAUCUACCACUCCUCGGCAUGCCAUUAUUCACUCUUCAAACCCAGCAGUGACGUACUGGAACAAUUCCAGUCAUGUCAUAUUCGGAAUUCGAAGCUCCGAUGUCUGUUCAGUCCAAAUUGGUUGAUUUGCUAUUCUCGAAUUUCUUAGGAACUACUAAACCCAUUAUGCUUUUCGAUGUUUCAGUUCGAUCGUCGAAUGUUCAUUUGAUAGUGUUGAAUGUAAUCCUUUUGUGUGUUUUUUUUUCUGAUUUAGUUCAAAGUCUUUUAAAUAUAUACAUGAAAUUCAUUCCCCCCCCUCCCAUUUUUUUAUUUUAUUUUUUAUUUUUUGCUGCUGUUAUUUAUAAGUAUUUAUUCACAUUAAGUGCCAAUUAUGUUUGUAUAUUUGCACUACUGUAUUUCCAUUUAAUAAUGGUUAUUUUUUUAUUUUAAUUUGUAAUAGAUUAUAAAAUGUGCUGCAUGUAUUUUGCAUUCUAGUCUCGUGUUCUCUAUUCUGUUGGUUUUAUUUUUGUUUCUUUGUGUGUUUUUGUUUUAGGAGGUGGCAAAUCACUUUCAGCAGUUAGAUUCUCAGCUGGACAGGUUGAACCAUGUUUUGCUUGAAGUUCUUGAAGACCUGAAAGUAAAGCGGAAUAUUUUACAGUCCAAUAAAAUGCACCAAAUUGAAAAAAAACUUUACGUGCAUUUUUUCCAAAAUGAAGGACAGUUAAAGAGUAUAGUGGAAUCUGUGGAGUCCCAGACACAUGUUCAUCCAUCUACAUGAGAUAUUUCUGUGUUUACAUCUGGAACUUUUUUUUUAAUAUAUUCCUUUUGUCUUAAUCCAUAGAAAUGUUGGGAAAUGACACGGAGGUCGUAGUUUAUUUUACCACUCUUCCAAAAAGGAAAUGUGAACUCUGUAGGCGGUGUUUUGUAUAAGUGUAACUUUUAUUUGAAGGUCUACUUGUGCUUGGUAUGGCUAAAUCUGUAUCUAGCACACGGAUAAUGUUUGAAACCGUUUUUAGUACAGUUAAAUAAUGUGCAUUGGAACUUGCAGGGUUAUUCACUGAAGUGUGAAUUGAUGGAAAGUAAAUCUCAAGUUUUUAGGCUGGCUCAGCACAUUGUCAUUUCCCAAAACGGUUUCUCCACGUACCCUUAAUUUCAACUCUCUGUUUUUAAAAUAUAGAUUCAUGAACAAGUAGCACUUUAUUUUAUAAUGAUGCUGGGUUGUUUUUUUUUUUUUUUAGUUUAUUAUUCCAAUAGUUAUCUACAGUUCCUGUAAAAUAUAAUCUUACAGAUGCUGGUUUUUAAAGAACUAGUUUUAUUUUUUUAAUAUAUCUUAAAUCCCUUUGCUUCCCCUUUUGAGGUGGGAUAACAAGUAUCCUAGGAACAAAAGGAAAAAAUUGAAAAUGCUUAAUGUUUGUAGUAUUAUAUUGGGGGUCUAUUUUUUUUAGUAUGUUUGUUUUUAAAGGGAUUCUCUAGGCCCGGGGGCAGGCACCCUUCAGGACUCCAGGUGUUGUGAACUACAUCUCCCCAAAUGCUCUUACAGCCAAAAUGGCAGCAAAGCAUCAGUGGAAAUGCAGUCCACAACAUCUGGAGUGCCGAAGGUUGCUUACACCUGCACUAGGCACUGUAACCAUCUCAUUGAAGCCAUCCCACUGCUCAAUGUGAAACAAUUUGUAAUCCGUUUGACAUUGAAUGAGGGUGCCGUAUCCCUCUCUGCUGGUCAGAGUGAUGCUUCUACGUUAGCCAGACAAGCUCUGGGCAACGGGGAUAGGCAGAGAGUGCUCAAUUGACUGCCAACAAUCACUAGUUUGGGAUAGGAUGGCUAAUAAGGGGGUUGUACUCCACCUAGGCUGUACCUCCUGCUCGUGGGAUUCUAGUUACUAUAAUAACUUCAGUGAGUUUGAACUACUUAGUGCCAAGUGUGUCCUUUUUAAAAUAGAUGGUGGGAGGAUUGUUAAAUCUGCCUCAAAAUUCCUGUUAUAAAAAUUAUUUCUAUAUUGUCAAUUAUUUUUUUAAUACUUUUUAGAGCUUUAACCCUUAAGGACACAUAACAUGUGUGACCUGUCAUGAUUUCCUUUUUUCCAGAAGUUUGGUCCUUAAGGGGUUAAAAUGGUAAUAUUUGUUAUGUAUUUGCAAUUUCUAUUUGUGACCUGCUGCACUUUAGGAGUUAAACCCUCUUCUGUGCCUAAAUGUCCUGUAUCAAAGACAGCAGAAGGCAGAAAUAUUUCUUAACUGAAACAUAUAAUAAAAACAAAGUAUUUUAAAGGGACACUAUAGGCAACCAGACCACUUCAGCUUAUUGAAGUGGUCUGGGUGCACUGCCCCUGUCCGUUUAACACUGCAAUUGUAAUAAUUGCAGUUAUUAAGAAACUGCAAUAAUUGCAUUGCAGGGUUAACUCCACCUCUAGUGGCUGUCUACUAGACCACCACUAGAGGCGCUUCCGCUGUGCAUGAGGACAUCAAGCGUCAGCUAAAAAACCCAUAGAAAAUAAUGUAUGCUUUCCUUUUAGUUUGUCCUAACGCGAUCAUGGCACUUGCUGCCGGGGAAGGGGCGUAAACAAGGAGGCACUCUAGUGCUAGGAAUACAAUUUGUAUUCCAAGCAUAUAGUUUCCCUUUAACCAGGAAAGGUGCAUUCAAAUAUUCUCUGAUUUCCAAGUACAUCUUGGAGAUAGGAAGGGGUCUAUUUACAACCAAAGUGCGAAAUUUUGAAAAGCAGUUAAACGUAACAUUUUGGCCUGUUUUCUGGGGUUUAGUUCACAAAUCACUAAUUAGUAAAUAAACAACAAGAAUUACCCACAGAGGGGGCCUUUUCAUCUUUAUGGAUACACCGUGCAAUUGUUUUGUGUGUGUUUUAUGGGGGGAUGUAGCUGCUAGAACUUUCAAAGUGUCAUUUUGUAUAAAAUAAUGCCGCCCCAUAUUUACAGAGAAUGUACACACAUUAUGUUAUUGUCUUUGCAUUUUCAUACUUAACUGAAGUUCGACAAAGAUAUUGAAGCACUAUAUUAACCUGGCACUUUAACUGAUUAUGGUAAGCCGAUAAAAUCUUAUCCAUCUGUUGCUCUUUGUUUUGUUUGUUUUUUGUACUCUAACAUUGAAGACAUAACUGUUUUGUUGUUGUGGGUUUUUUUUGUUUUGUUUUUUUUAAAUCUGCUCGCUGGAAAAAACUCUUGACCAGGAUUUUGAGAGGCAUAAGAUCUAUAUCUUAAACUGGAUGUUUAUUUUUUUAUCACAUAAAGGUGCUUACACCAAAGACCAACAUAAAUACAGUACUCAGUCAUGGAUACAUUACUCUCUAAAAGCUUCAAUAUAACACCCUCGUCGUCAUGACGACAAGGAAUGUUUGUGAACCCUAGUACUAGAGAUAUUGAAGCUUUUAGCGAGUAAUGUAUCCAUGACUGAGCACUAGAGAAAUAUCGAUUUGAGGACAUAUGGCUCUUAUAACCUAUUUUCCUUGGUAAAUUCCCAUUCCCACCUGGUCUCCAUUGGCUUAUGAUCAUAUUUUAUCUGCCUCUACAUGCCACAAUACAUACCUUGUGUAAGAUCUUCUUUUAGGCGCCUGGACACAUCUUCACAAUGCUCGCCAAUGCAUGCAGAGGCUUGGGGAAUGUAUUUCUGAUUAUUGUGAUGACCUUGUCCAUUACUUAAAUUCUUGUGAUGGGGUUACUUUUUCUUUUAUCACUUGGCUGUACCUUUUCCCACUCUGUUUAAAGAUAUUUUGUUAGAUAUGCAGGAUGUGAGAUUGACAUCUCUUUUGGCCACACCAUAUUUAGCAUCUACAGGCCCUGAUGCAGCUCCCCCCAACCCCCCUCCAGUGUUUUAGAACAGUUUUUCUUACCUGGGCACAACCAUGUGCCGCUUUCCGCACUCAGCAAACUCUAGGAGUUCCAGAAACUCAUUGGCUCACUGUCUGGUUUUCUAAAACUGGUUGACUACCUAUACUAGGGAAUGGCAGAACACCACUGGCACAAUAACCACUACAGUGUGCUGUAAUGAUAAUGGUACUUUGAGUGUUCCUUACAAAAAACCCACCUGGGAGCAUGUGACGUCAGCAGCCAAUUAGAGAAUUAUGAUUUGUAUAUACAUACUCCCAACAUCCCACUGUUCAGAUAGAUUUAAGACUUGGAGUUCACUGUUGAAGAUCAAUGUGUCCCGUGUCCAAGGGAAGCAAAUGGUAGCUGGAUGUCUGUUCAGUGCUCAUGUUGUAGAACUACUCAAAAGAUUUAGAAACAAAGUAUGCAAUUUUUUUAAACUGUAUAAUUGGACAUAGAACUUUAAAUAAAGACAAAUUCAGAAUAGCUUUUGAAUUACUGUAAGAUAAUUUAACUCUAUUAUUAUAUAUUCUCUAUAUCAUUUAUUUUUUCUAUGUUUUGAAAACAAUCUUUGCAGUGCAUUUUUAGGUCACUCUGCACUCAUUUACCCCAGUUACCCAGAGGGUUCAUCACAUGCAGAGCCCAGUAUGUAAUGUUUGUGUUUUACAGAGUUGAAAGAUUUUGGGUGGGAUCAUUCAAUGAACAUUAAAGUAAACUGGUUUUACGAAGAAAUGUAUAGCUCCGGGGAUUAGAGUAAAAGGCUGUUUUUAGUUUUUACAACUCCUCAUAAACAUUAAACUGCUCAUAAAGCCAAGACUGAAAGACUGGGCUCUAAAUAGUUAGUGACAGCUCAAUUCAGGGCGAAAUAUAUCCUGAAACAAAUGUCACAGACGCAAUAAAUAAGUAGAAAAUUAACAAGAUAUCUCCCCCCCCCAAGAAGUAUACUGCAAGGACUAAGGUCAAAAAUUAGUUGUCUACCACACAGCAAUAUAAUAUUUAACUAACAAAGCUUUAUUUUCAAUGACAAGAAUACAAUUUUUACUUAAUGUAGUUCUGGUGGCUACUGCCUGUCCUUGCAAGCUUUUUAAUGUAAACACUGCCUUUCAGAGAAAAGGCAGUGUUUGCCUUGCUGCCUAGUAACACCUCUAGUGGCAGUCACUCAGUUCAGUGCUGCAUUGUGUGCAGCACUUAUGUUCAGCACCCCCAUGCAGUGUUUUGAGACGCUGAACGUUCCCCAUAGAGCUGCAUUGAUUCAAUGCCUCUCUAUGAGGAGAUGCUAAUUGGCGCAUGGCGGCAAUAGCCUUUCAAUGCUUUUCUGUAAUAAGCAUUGGAUUGGCUGAGGUCAUCAAUUGAUGAUCUCCAGCAUGGAGGUGGGGACAGCCAGGUUGAGAACCGCACGGCGUGGGAAAUAAGGUGAUUAAAAACACCUAUCCCAUGCGAUCAGAUGGGGCUAGUCACAUAAACAGACACACUCAUUGACAAACACACACAUUCUGCCACACUCACAAAUUAUCAUGUCACCAUGGUGACCUGGAGCCUGGGAUUUGUUGAGCCCUGCUAUAGUUCACUUUUGAUCGACUGUUCGGUUGUGCAAGAAAACGCUGAUAUUUGUGUUUAAAGGCGCAGAAAGCAAAAACCCAUGGGUGUGAAAUGACCUAGCAGCUAAUAGGUUAAUAUAAAUGUACGUCUGUAUAAUGUGCACUAUCUAUAUCUUCUUCGGUGUCUCCUAUUAAAUAAUCUUAUCCAAAAUCCCACAUCUAUCCCCCUUUUAAAUCUGUUCCAGAAUAAUCUGUGCUGUAAUAUCCAAUUUCAUUUGCCUCUAUUUUUCUAUCCAGCUGCACAUAUGGAAUAGAUUAGAUAUUGUACAUACAAAUGGGCCGAGUAACAUAUGGUUUUAACAUCGUAAUAUACAGAUUGUGACACGAGAUAGCCAGCUGGCCUUACAUCCCUUUAAAUGGUGAUUUUGUUUUUUUUAAAUGUUGUGUUCUCUGUGCAUAACAUGUAUUUUCAGGCAACGUACGGGCUACAUUAACAUCCCUGAGGGGAGCUUAUGUUUCUCUGCCGCCAAUGAAAGAGGCAUAAAAACUGUUUAAUAUUAAUAAUUUAGUAUCUAUACAUUCACUAUUCGUUGGGCUAGCACUUUGUAUACGUGCAUUUUGCUUUCUUAAACCGGGUAAUGCAAUUAUUUUAAUGACAAUGUACCUUUAAAUCGUUAUUUCACUCAUAAUGCAGAUUUGUCAUGUUUUUGACUUUCUGUACAUAAAAC